UUCAAUUGUGCAAUGUUAUUGUUAUAGCAUAAAAUCAUAAAUGGAAAUAAUAGUAAAUAGUAACGUGUAAUAUAUAAUUGAUAGAAUGGAAACAAAUAUUUCCAAUAAUGUAACUAAAGACAAUUUCUUGGAGAUAUGUCAAAUUUGACAAAAACCAAAAAAAAAUUCCAAUUCUCAAACGCCACUCACAAAUUCCCAGCAAAACCCCCACAAAACCCCCACAAAAAAAUACAUCCAAUAAUCAAACAAUCAAAUAAAUAAACUAAAUAUCCCCAGCAUCAAUUUAAUAAUCAAACAAAUUAAUAAAUAAAUAAAUAAAUAAAUAAUCUCCAUAAUCAUCAUCAUCAUCAUGGAGCUGCCCAUAAGGAUCCCCGACGACGACGAUCCGUGCCGAUGGAGUUUCCUGCCGAUACUGAUCGAACAGUACCAAACCAAAUCGCCUCCUGAGAAGUUCAGAACUCGAGUUCCCAGGCUACCCCACGUCCGGUUCCAAACGGUUCUGAACAAACUGGUCGAUUUAGAAACGGAAAUCAAAACCGACGGGCCCCCGCCCACCGCCGGUACUCUGGAAACGGUGAUGAUUCUGUGGUUGUAUGAAUUGUGGCCGGAGAAGGUGACGACCAAGAUGAUGAGAGCUAUUCACGAAUUCGCUUGCGCUAUUGGUGAUGUGGUGGGUGAGGUGAAAGGUACGGAAGUCGCUUGUCCUUUGGACGUUCCUUGUCCGAUCGAUCCGGAUACGAAGGAAACGAUUAAGGACAUUUGUAAAUGCAAACAUCCCUGUUGUUACGUUUGAACUGGUUCAGAACUGCAGUCUGGUUUUGAACUGGAUGAUUGAGAAGAAUACAAUGCGAUUUGGAUGAUAUAGGAAAUAAUUAAAUUAGUAACGAAAUAAAGGAAAUGAUGAUGAA